UAUAGUAAUGUCUACUCAAAUAAUUGAGCAUCAGGAAGAAUUACUAAUUAAAGAUAAAACUGAAGAUAUUAUUUCUUGCAAAAAUCAAACUCCGCUGAAUGGAAAGAAUGGUGAAAUUAAUGCAGUGAAUACUACACAAAUUGUUGUGCCAGAUUCAAGUACCGAUAAAGCAUCCGAAAAAACCAACGAAAAAAUAAUUGAAAAGAUAUCUAAUAAUCAGCAAAAGCAAGAAAUUCAGAAACCUUUGACUGUUCAAGAUUGGGAUUACGAUGAUUUAGGUCCUUGUGGCCCUAGUAACUGGCUGAAAAUAAUUGGUGAUGAUAAAUUGGGUAAACUACAAUCCCCUAUAAACCUUCAACUCUCACAAAUGAGAAUUUUAUCCCUUACACACCCUCUAUGUCUCGUUAAUUAUAGAAAGCCUUUGCCUGGCCAAUUUGUCAACACUGGAUGUUCAAUUCAAUUUCUACCUGAUCCACAAGUAGAACCCCCUGAAAUCUAUGGUGGAAACUUAGAUCAGAAUUAUCGUUUUGUUCAAUACCACUUUCAUUGGGCUCAAAAUGAUAAUGAAGGUUCUGAGCAUUGUAUAGGCGGUCUUCGUUACCCAGCAGAAUUACAUUUAGUACAUAAAGGAGUAGAAGAUGAAAAUAAAUUGGCUGUAUUAGGAAUUUUUAUUAAAUUAGACGAUGCUAAGAAUGAUGAUGGGAAGGUUAAAAAAAGAUAUAUAUUUGAAAAACAAGAAAUGGAAGCUCUUAAAGAGUUAACAGAAUUUGGAAACAAAAAAGCAUUAGAUUCAACUCAUUGUUUAGAAUUAAAAUUACCUCCUAAUUGUUGUAUUGAGCGUGAAAGCUUUAAAGGUGCUGAGAUUUUCACUUCUUCCUUUGUUCGCUAUCAAGGUUCAUUAACAACCCCUCCAUGUACAGAAAACGUUCACUGGACAAUUUUCACUGACCCCGUUUUUAUUACAAAAGAACAACUUUCUUAUCUUCGCAAAAUUAAAGAUUGUAAAGGAAAUGUUAUUUCAAAAAAUUAUAGACCUGUUCAAAAUUUGGUUGACCACCAAGUUUGUCUACAUCUUGCUUCUUAG